AUGGAGGCUAGCUUCUUGGAUCGGAAACUUGACCCAAAGCGGUUCCAGGAAUACCGCCUUUCACGCGAGGUUGCUCAGGAUCCGACAGAAUUGUGGAGCAGCGAGGAUGGGAGAGUGGCAGCGGGUGCGGAUGAAUUCAGUUCAAGCAACCGGCUCCUGCCCAUCUCCAACGGAGGAGUGGAUGUUCAUCUUCUGGCAGUGAAGGCCACAGGAUGCGUGCACGUCAAGGAUGGCGCCCACUUCUGUGUCUCACAGUGGAACAAGGCCUCACAAGAGCCAACACGGAGUGCAGUGCUUGCCCACGGCCAGCCUUUCGUGUCGCACGACUCCAGCAGCUGGUUGGCCAUUUUCAGUCGCACAAGCUUGGAGCUCGUACCUCUGGAGGAAUCAGGCCGGGCGGCAGAAAUCGGUCCCCGGCCAAAACUCCGAAGCUGA